AUGGUAACCUCCCGCCACGCAGAGGUCUCGCCAUGGCCUGGAGAGAUGCCUGGAGCUCUGCUGGCCCCCACGCUCACGUCGCUCAGCUGCAGGCCCCGGCGCCUUCAGUAACUAUCCUGCAGUCUCUCCCAGGGGCUUGGGUACCUCCUCAUCAGCCAGGACACAUGAAGGAAGACCUACUGUCACUGAUGAUGCUACAGAACGUCCAAAUGCACCAGCUGCUCAUGAGUCGCCUGACAAUGAGUGCCCUUGACUCCACACUCCUGACUUCCCAGGUCAACAUUCUGAGCCUGCAGGAUGAAGAAGAGGAGGACGAGGAGGAAAUACUAGUGUUUCACCACCAUUACCUGCCUUGGUCAUCCCCAGCCCCAGUCCCCCUGCUUCCCUGUCCAGUGCAAGACCCACGUCAGUCUUGGCUCCGAGAAAUCUCAGAGUUUAGGAAUCUCCCUCGAGACUCACAGAUCAUCCCAUCUGCCAGGAGAGGAGUACCCCCUCCCCCACCUCCCAGUGCCACAGGGACAGUGGGUGCUGAUGUACCACCUGCCUCAGGUAGGGCUCUACCCAACCUACUUUUCAACCAUCCCCAUGUGGCAAGGUUGGGAAGAGUCAGGACUGGGACCAAGAAUGAGUAGAAGAAAAACCUGACUUUAAGCUUUAGGGGAAGAAUUUGUGGUCCACCAAAC